UGCACCGGGUGUCUUGUCGGGGCUACGUGACUUGGGACACAUCCAGCCCUCUCUUCCUUCCCUUGGGCGUUAGCUGCUCUAUAUAAAGGGGAAGCUAACUCCUUCUGAACUUGCUGCAGGUCCAGACAGCAAGGUUCCCACCUGCUUCUGCCAUGGCAAGUCUGGGGUUCUUCCAGCUGCUGAAGAAGAAGAAAGAACUUAUUCCUCUGGUUUCAUUUGUGAGCUUUGCUGGAGUCGCAGCAGUGUUUUCUUCGUUGUACGCCUUCACCAAAAGUGAUGUGAUUGUAAACAAACAAGGCAAUCCAGAACCAUGGGAACAGGUGGAUCCCAGCAAACCCCAGAAGCUGCUAUCAAUCAACCAGGAGUGGAAACCCAUUGAAGAGCUGGAAAAAGUCCGAAAACUUAUGAAGUGAGCCAGAAGCAGACAUUCCAAAUAACACUCUAUGAAUCUAGUGGAAUCAUUUCUGCACAAACUAGAGGAUUGAAACCAGUGUGCGGAAAUGCUUCUGCUACAUUUUUAGAGUCUCCCUCCAUUUUUUUUUUACUCUGGAUGAGGACAUUACUCUUUGCUUUGCAAGUUACCCUAAAGUCAUCCACACAGUCCAAAAACAAAGGUCUGGUCCACGUUCUCAACAGCCACAUUCGUUUUGAAACACGGAGUUUGCUGUUUGAUAUUCCAGCAGGAGGAAAAAGCUUUUUGUGAGUUUUCAAAGAAGUUGCAUUGUUUUUGUCUGACACAAUACUGUAUGUCAUUUAUGAUGCUUUCAAUAAACCUGGGACGCACAUUUGUACACUGAA